AUGCAGGACAUCAGAGAAGAAAUGGAUGAUACGGUAGUUAUUGGAGAUGAAGACGUGCUUUCCACAAGCUCAGGGUCGAGUGUUGAAGUUGUGGAAGCCCCCGCGAGUUCGGAGAGGCCAGUUCUGACACCGCAGAUAGUGGCCCUGUGGGCCACCAUGAUGGCUGUGGUAUUGACCGUAUCUGUAUGGUAUAUGCAGCGGUACGGGUAUAUUAGCACGCUGACACCCAUAGGUGGUGAGAGCGUCUACGUUUUCAAGUCCGCAGGCGGGGACAGCAUCAAAGUUGUGGCCCCCAGGGGCAUGCAGGGCCAGUAUAUGCUGGAUUUUGACCAAGGCACCAUGCGACGUGUGCUUGGGGACCACACUUUGGUGCGGUCCUUCUACGAUGUGGCAGAGCGCGUGCGGCCCCGGUUUAAGAGCGGAGUGAGCGCUACACGCUCACUGCUGAAGCGCUACCGUGAUAUGCUGAGCCAGAGGAUCGGGUGA